UUGAACGCGUAUACUCACUUUUAUACCAUACAAUGAACCUGUAGACUCGAUUAAAAAGCGCUAUGGCUGAACAAGUGGCCAAUGAAGAAGAAAAAGAAAAUGCUAGAAAACGGCCUAUAGAUGGUAACAAUUGUGAAGAAGGUCCAAGCCGCCGUACUAGGGCAAGUAAAAGGAAGGUGUUUACCAUGGUUGAUGACAAUCAAACCAGUGAACAAGGCGAUGACAAUGACCAUGACAAUUACGACAACUGUGAUUAUAAAAAGGACAGUAUUUGGGAAGAAUGGAAGCAAUUCCUUGACGACCAGGAAAAUAAGGAAUAUUUAAUGCAACUGAGCUCUGAAAGGCAUAACGUGAUUUGGUGCGGGAAGCUAGUACGAUGGAGAAGCUGUCUACCUCCUGUUCUAUAUGACAAGCUAAACCAAAAAAUACCGUUAGUCACGAUGCAGGAUAUAAGCCCAUGUCUUGCUGAGAUGUCCAUCGCUAUAUUCGAUGCGGUAUGUAGUUAUCAGCAAUGGAGUUAGGAAUAAGAAAAUCUAACUCUACUAGUAUUAUAGGAAUCUAAUACUAAAAUGCAAAGCUGUAUUGACCUAUUGAGCUGUGUUAUGCUUGAUGAUCCAAUCCUCAUUGCAGAAAAAAAAAACUGAUUGUCGAUAUUUGUCGCACUUU